AUGGGAGGGUUCGAGUCCCUGGAGGGGCCCGUGAUCCCGGAGGAAGAGCCGGGGCAGGGUCCCUGCCUGGACCUUGCCGUCCCAGCUGGGUGGGCAGGGACCUUCCUGGACAGAUGGGAUGGGGUGGGGGUGGGGGUGGGAGGGAGGAGGCUGCAGCCCCAUGAGGCUGGUCCCCCUGUCUCUUCCACUCAGUCUAAAGCCUUCUGUGCGGGCGGCCUGGCCCCCGGCUGGAACCUGCUGGUCCAGGGACAUGCUGACUCUGGAGAGGACAGGUCAGCGGCACCGCCCUCCCCUCCCUGGGCCUUGGGCUGGGUGGCCGGCCCAGCUCUUUGCAGCUCUUGACCCGCACCAUGUCCACCCCAGAUAGAGGUCAGCUGGGACGCGGAGCACUUCCACGUCUACGCCCCGGAGCACAAGGUGCUGCAGUUCCCACGCCAUCAGAGGCCGCUGGGCGCCAUCACCAGGGUGCGCGUGCUGAGUGACCACUGCCUGGCCCAGGUGGAGCUGGCCAAGAGGGGCCUGAGCUGGGGGUAA